UGAUGUUCGACCUGCGCCAUUUUGUCCACACACCGUGGUGAUUGGGUUUGGAGAACGGUACUGGAGCCAAUCAGAGGAAAACCGGGCGGCAAAACUGUGAGAGGGAGCGCGGUUCGGAGGGGAUUGUAUCAGAGCAAGAGUGAGCAGAACCCAGGGGGCGGAGCCGAGCGGCGGAGAGUGCGAUCAUGGAACAGUUCACCACGGCAACCACCACCAGUGGGGAGCAGAUCCUGGUGCAAACGUCUGGCGGACAGCUACAGCAGCAGGGCACGAUCACCACGCUGCAGCUGCAGACCGAGGCCCCCGGGGGCUCGCCCGCCGGCCAGCAGGUGCAGACGCUCCAGGGGCAGCCCCUGAUGGUGCAGGUGAGCGGGGGGCAGCUUAUUACCUCCACAGGGCAGCCGCUCAUGGUGCAGGCCAUGUCUGGAGGCCAGGGACAGACCAUCAUGCAGCUGCCCAUGGCCGGAGGGCAGGGGCUACAGCAGAUCCAGCUUGUGCAGCCGGGGCAGAUCCAGCUGCAGGGGGCAGCGGGCCAGCCUCAGCAGAUCAUCAUCCAGCAGCCUCAGACGGCCGUCACUGCCGGGAACCAGGGUCAGCAGAUCACAGUGCAGGGGCAGCAACUGGCCCACACUGCUGAGGGGCAGACCAUAGUGUACCAGCCAGUCAACGCCGACGGCACCAUCCUGCAGCAAGGAAUGAUCACCAUCCCAGCGACCAGCCUGGCUGGAGCGCAGAUCCUGCAGACAGGGGGGGCCAGCACCCCCACCACCAACAGUCAGGGAACCAUGACCGUCACUCUGCCCGUGACCAGCAACAUGGUCAACGCCGGGGGCAUGGUCAUGAUGGUGCCAGGCAACAGUGCGGUCCCCACCGUGCAGAGGAUGCCGUUGCCGGGGGCGGAGGUGCUGGAGGAGGAGCCUCUGUACGUCAACGCCAAGCAGUACCACCGCAUCCUGAAGAGACGCCAGGCCCGCGCCAAGCUGGAGGCCGACGGCAAGGUCCCCAAAGAGAGGAAGAAAUACUUACACGAGUCGCGCCAUCGCCACGCCAUGCACCGUAAACGGGGCGACGGGGGACGCUUCUUCUCCCCGAAGGAGAAGGAGGAGAUGGGACUGACUCUGCAGGAGUCCUAGACGGGAGAGGAAACGGUGGUGCAGCUGAUCUGUGUGUCUUAAGGCCGGACAACCCUCCCCACACACACACACACACACACACACGUGUGUGUGCUGAUCGUCCGCGACAUGACACACUGUCAGCCAGCUCCAAGCACCAAAACACUCACCUGGAAUCCUGCCUGUUUUCAUCAAACAGCUAAUCUCUCAGUUCCUGUUUCUGUGUAGUGCCAUUUAAGGCCCAAAUUGGACACGCAGGGCUUCACAGUUAGCCCGGUGACUACAGAAGGUUUUCGGGCCGUAGUUUUAAAUGCUACACAGUCUGAAGAUUUCAAAUAAGAGGCUAAAAUUCUGCUCAUCCAGGGCCCACCACAGCUUACCAUCACAAGUCUUAACAAGUCUUUUCAUAUUGAGACCUAAAAUAUUUUUUUCCACUCUCUCAAGUAGAAAAUAUUAUCUUGUUGUUAGCUACUGUUUGCUGGACAAGUGAAACUGUCUUACACCAUUGGCAAAUCUGGAAAUUUGUUAACUCUCACCUCAUUUGCAAUAUUUUUGUCUUAUUUGGCAAAAAAUAUAGCAAUAGGAUUUUAAGUCUAAAUUUAACGUUAAAAUACUUUUCGAGAUUUACUUAUUUUGUUUGUUUUUGCAGGUUUUAGGUUAUUUACAGUAUUUUCUUGGCGCAAGAGCAACCUACAGGGAUGAUUAGUUUUUUUUGGCAUAGUUUGUUCAUUAAAGCAAUUCAGGUGAAGUAUCUUGAUCAAAGAUACACCUGUGGUGCCCCGCCAGGGAAGAAAUAUCUGCCCCAAGCUCUGUUUCCUAACCAGCAUUGCCCAUUAACUCCCUUUGUCCACCAUGCGUCUCUCCAUGUCCCGAUGCUAAAAUGGCUCCUGGCCCUUCUGUCUUCGUCAUUUGAAGACCUACAGUCCGAAAACCUGCCGGUGGAGCUGGUGAAGUUCUCUUUGAACUUGAGCCGCAAAACUGAGCAUUCUAAGGAGGUUCCUGCAGUGUUUCUUAUGAUUUAAAGAAAGGUUUUCAAGAGGCAUCCAGGAAUCUGUGUGCAGAUGAAGAGUUAGCCGUAGUGACCGGUUAGGGUAUGUGUGCAGAUAAAGAGUUGGCCUUAGCGAUUGGUCACCCUCUGUGUACCGUUUAUAUUUCCCAGAAACGUCCAAUCAGUGUUGAUGUCACAUGAUGCCAACAUGCUGCAUGCAGCCCGUGCAGUAGUGAUAGCAUGGAGAAGGUAAUUCAAAUAAACUGCGCAAUAGCACAUUUUUCAAAGCAUUUGAAAAGAAAAACGUUUAUAUCUUUCGAAAGUACGAGCGUUGGUGAAAAAGGCAUCAUUCUGCUCACCAAAAUGCUUAUUUAGUCUAUAGACUUUGUAUUUGUUCCAUGAUAGUAAUUAGACAUGUUACAGAAAUCCCCUAAUUUGGUAUUGUACAAUAUUUAAUCUUCUUUUUUUGUACCUCAGCAUCCAGGGAAGCUGACGUCCAAGUAGUCUUGAGAACUGUCAUGUUCUACAGUUAAGAAGAUAGCUAGCAGUAUUGAUAUUUGUUUUUAUUUUCUACAUUAACUUUUAAAAAUGACAUAGGGGCCUACAACAUAUUUGCAGAAGUUCACUUUAUUAUGUUAUUUUAAGCAGUUAGCCCGCCGUGGUGGCUGUAAUGCAAAUGAUCUGUAGCACUUAACAACUGCCACUGAGAGUGGAGUUUGACGGUCAUCCUCCCUUAACUCACUGGAGAUGUUGGGGUUUGUUGCUCCUAUGCAUCAGAGCUGUAUUUACUAAAUGGGUUCAUUAUGUUCUCGAUCCGUCAAAGUUCUCUUCCCUCCGUGUGUUGUGCUGUCUAAAGGGACCGCAGACUGUUAGUGGAGUUAAUCUUUCAUUUGAAUCCGAAAGCACGAGUCGAUUAUUUAUCUCCUGAGGGACAGGACUGGUGCAAUGUCUGUCUCAUUCUCAGACCACACGCCACCAAGAGAGGACUAUGCUUCCCUUACGGGGUUCGUACACAAGCACAGCCGAGCUGUAUGGCACCAGCGAUUGCCUUACUCAUACAGAUGGAGUUAAACAGGAAGGACUUUGACUAUGCUCUCCGUCAGUAUUGUGCAGUACUCUGGAAAUCAGGCCAGGGACUUUGGACUAUGUAGAAGGGAAAUCCAUUUAGUUGUUAAUACACUUCAGUUAUUUUUUAUUGAAAACAUGUUGUGUUGAGGAACAAGUAUAUGUGGUGGGAUGGCUUUGUCAAGCUUCUCUUUCCUUUCCAAAGUAAUCGUCUUUUUUCCAUUUUUCUCCUUUAAUAGUGUGUCAGUAAGCCUUUUUUUGUGUUGGGGUAAAAAUAAAAACACCUUUUAGUGUUUGUUACUGAGAAGUUUGUUUUGUAUGUUUGUAUUUGUAAUACUCAAAGGGCUUUUUUUCUUUUCUUUUCUUUUUACUUUUCCUGGGAAAAGACAGAUCUUUGUGUACUAUGUACCUAUAUACAUCUGUAUAAAGUAAUUCUAUUACAUGAUGAGCUCCAUACAUGAAUACAUGAAAUACAUGAAACUGUUUUGAACUGUACAUUGCUUAGUAAAUAAAUUGAUUGCUUAUAUUAAAA